AAGCGACAGGGUGAAUAUUGCAGAUGAAAGAGUUUUAUGUUAUGUGCUCUUAAGUCUUAAAACUUAUAAUCUUGGCUUUCCAUCUCGUUCAUUUACUCUUCAUAAACCAAUUAUCAGAGUCUUUAAGCUCCUGCUGACCAUAUCUUUCCUUGUUAACAAUUCCAGGUAAUAAGUGGAAAUCCCUCUUAGGACUCAUGAACCCAGUUCUUCAAAAGCUUUCAAAUGAUGCUAUUUUGAAGUACAUCAACCAUGCUCUUAUGGAGGAAGAGUUAGAGGAACAAAGCUGCUGCAUUUUACAGCACUCCGCUCUUCAGGCUGCUGAAAAAUGCUUGCAUGAUAUUCUUGGUCCGAAAUGUCUCCCACCCAAAAAUAUUUAUCAUGCAUUUUCAUAUGAAAAUCGGGAUCUAGGCAACCAUGUCAGUACUUACUGCACCACAGCUAACGACAUCGCUGCAGUGAAUUCUAGAUUGUUGAUUCGCGAUGUCCAUGAGCAGGAAUCUUCCUGUACAAUUACUACUUCGCCACUUGGAUUGGAACCCAGUUCAUCGCCUUCCUUCCUGGCAGCUGCAAGCAUUUCUGGAACUAAAAAGUUGCAGUCUAUUAGCGGAUGGGAAGUAGAAACUGGGGAAUUCCCUCGUAACGGAAAACAAAUGAUUCUCGAUUUUGCAAACAAUAGAGUGACUCCUGUGGCGGCGGCUAAGACAAGCAACGGUAGGAGGGACAUUGAUCAUGAGUAUGAUUUCUUUAACCCUUACGAAGAUUUUCAAAAUGCACCAACCAGAUGGAUAUUGAAUCGGAAGGGAAAAUCAAGGGGAUCUAAUGGUGAAACGACACGCGGGAUUAAAACCCGAAAAUUUGUUGACCUCAGCACUCUUUUGAUUCAUUGUGCAGAAGCAGUAUCAGGCAAUGAUCACAAAACUGCAACUGAACUGCUAAUGCGGAUUAGGCGGCAUUCUACUCCAUGCGGUGACGGAUCCCAGAGGCUUGCCCAUUGCUUUGCAAAUGCUCUUGAGGCGCGCAUCAUUAGUAGAGAGAGCGAGGCAGUUGCAGCUCUUGCAACGACUAAGGUGCCAGCCACUUGUAUGUUAGAUGCUUGGAAGCUCCUUUUUUCAGCUUGCCCUUUCUUGAAUAUAUCGAAUUCAUUCGCAUUCCACACCAUUAUGGAAGUUGCAGAUAAAGCAGAUAGGCUCCAUAUCAUACACUUUGGUGUUGUUUAUGGUUUCCCAUGGUCGUCCCUAAUUCAGCAUCUCGCGAAAAGACCUGGAGGCCCUCCUGUGCUUCGUGUUACAAGAAUGGAGAUCCCCGAACCUUGUUUCGAUUCAGCAUCAAAGCUUGAGGAAACGGGAAGUUACUUGAAAAGCUUUUGUGAGAGACUGAAUGUUCCUUUUGAGUACACUGCAGUAUCAAGGAGAUGGCCAAGUAUCCGAUUUGAGGACUUCAAGAUAGACAGAGAUGAAGUAACCAUUGUCGCCUGUUUAUAUCGGUCCAGGAACCUGCUCGAAGAGACGGUAGACGUAGACAUCAACUGCCAGAGGGAUGCUGUUCUUAACUUGAUAAGGAGGAUGAAUCCAAGUGUCUUCAUUCAGGGGAUAGUCAAUGGGGGCUAUAACGCUUCCUUCUUCACCACGAGGUUUCGAGAGGCUCUUUUUUACUUUUCGUCGCUGUUUGAUAUGCUUGACGCGAAUGUAUCCCACAACGUACCCGAGAGGAUGGUGCUUGAGCAAGAGAUAUACGGGAAGAGGAUCUUGAAUGUGAUUGCAUGCGAAGGAUCGGAGAGGCUAGAAAGGCCGGAGACAUAUAAGCAAUGGCAUCUUAGGAAUAUGAGGGCUGGGCUCAAGCAACUCCCAUUGAACCAGAGGAUCAUGCAAAAUAUGAAGGAACAAGUGAAGUUACAAUACCAUAAGGACUUUUUGAUGGAUGAAGAUGGACACUGGAUUGUUCAGGGAUGGAAGGGAAGAAUCCUGUUUGCCCUCUCUUGUUGGAAAUCUGCCUAGCAAUUUCCAAAGAGAAUGUACAUAUUGGAAUUUUCUUUCCUUGAUUGUCGUCUCUCUCCGCUCUUGCCUAUCUAUGUUGAUAGGGUUGUUAAUUUACCAUAUAUUUCUUUUCGUGCUAUGGACUUAUUGCAUUUUGGGCAAAGUCCUCACUUGGGUUGUACCAAUUUGCUACUCUUGCAAUUCGCAUUUCAUUUUGUCAUUGCUUAGUUGUUUCCUCUAAUUACUUGCUCUUAAUAAGUGAGAGCAAAACAACCAACUAUU